AUGGAAGGCCCUCUGCGAAGUUUCUCAAAACCUGAUCAACUUAUUUGGCUUUCGGUGUAUGUAGUCGCCCUCACUUGGCAUAUGACAGCCCUCCCAGUGCAAUACUACUUUCGACAUUUCACUCUUACACGGUAGUUAGCGUUUUCCACAUUAGAGAAUGGCAAUUUUUAAACAUCUCGAACAAAAUAAAUUUUCAGCGGGUAUCGCUUGCCCACGCAUCGAAUCUUGUUACUGGCGGCAUUUGGAUUCCUAGUAGCCUUGCUGACUGGAAUCCUCUCCCAUCCGGCAUACGGCAUGAGCAAUGCAGUUCGGCCCGGCUUCAAUUACAAUGAACUAUGGUAUCCGGAUGAGGACGGCGAGGAUGUCUUUUAUGCUGACACGGUACGUUUGAAGAAUUAAAGCACAAAAAAUUAUGCAAUCUAUAUACGUAUUUUUUCCAGCGCUCUUCAACAAUGUCUCUCUAUUUUGUGUGGAGUAGCUUGGUUGCAACAACUUCGUAUCUUCUUCUACCCUACAUUUGCUAUAGAACGGUUCGGCAUUUUCACAAAAAGGGAGCCACCGUCUCUCGGAGAUCAGAGAAUAUGCAACGACAGCUGACGCGAUUCCUCAAAAUUCAAGUGGGUUUUCAUUCUUGGGUCAAGCAUGGAUCACGCUAUUGCCGGAUCUUCAGCGAACAAAACUCGAAAAAAUCCGUUCCAAAAUCCAAAAUUCCGCGGAAAGUUAAUGACAAAACGGCUUGCCAAACCAGGUCCUUGCUAUUGAACUCAUUAUUUUUCCGACAGACUGAUAAGAAUUUUUAUCAUUUAUUAUCAUCGUCUUGCACCCGUGAUCACUGCUCGCGGAAUAAUAAUUAUUACUGAGAUGCAUGUUUCCAAACUGAAAACUUUUGGAACUGCCUUUUUAUAACUGUAGUAAGUCGUAAAUCCUAGCCAUAAUCGUUCAAACAUCGCAAAAAAUUACACACGGAAGUUUCCAAAUAUUCUUUGAAUUUUAAUAUCAUGUUCUCGUAUAUAUGUCAAUACAGUAUAUUACGCAACUAAUAGUGUACUUGUCUAACAAAUGCGCAAAAUACAGUAAUAUAUUUUUUUCUAUUAUAUGCAUAUACGCACUGGGUUUGAAAACAACAAUUACAGUAGUCAAAAAACAUUGAGCAAUCUUUGUAAUUGGUAGCUUUUCAUGUAGUAAUGCCAACCUUUUCAGACAAUCAUGCCACUAUUUGUCUCCACUGGGCCCAACAUUUUUCUCUUCAUCACGUCGGCCCUGCGCAUUGAUCCUGGCAUUCUCUGCGCAAUCAUUAUUGACUUGAUAACCCUGUUGCCAAUAGCCAAUCCGAUUCUUAGUAUUUGGGCGAUCAAGCCGUACCGGAGAGCAAUUCGAAAGCUUUUUGAGAAGGAAGACACCGCCAUUCGUCCUGUAUUUCGCAUCAACAAUAUUACUGUGGGCCGGCAGUCAAGCUUAACGUCCGACUCGAGAUUUAGUCGUUUUGGAAUUGUACUGUUACGAGCGACGGCAGAAAUCCUCAAACCUUUUGGGAUGCGGCCGGAAACUUAG